UUUUUUUUCUCUUUCUUUUUUUCUUUUAUUAAAAUGAACAGAAAGUUCGACAUUACCAUCUUUGGUGGUACUGGUUUAACUGGCAAACAGAUUGUUCGUCAUGUCUUUGAACUCUCGAUAGAUCAUCCUGAGUUUUUUGCUUCUGGUUUUCAGUGGGCUAUUGCAGGCAGAAGUGCCGAGAAACUCGAGUCUGUGAUUGAAGAGUUGGCACAACACUACUCAGCAGCCACAGUGACAAAACCAGCCGUUUUAGUAGCUAAUGUGACUCAAAAAGAGCAACUGGAUGCUAUGGCAACACAGACCAAGGUGCUGAUAAAUGCAGUAGGUCCUUUCCGUUUUAUGGGUGAAUAUGUGGUUCGCGCUUGUGUUGAUAAUGGAUGUCAUUAUGUGGAUGUGACUGGUGAGCCUGAGUUUAUUGAACGUAUGCAGCGUACCUACCAAGACAAAGCAAGAGCAAAGGGUAUUACUGUUGUUCAUGCAUGUGGGUUUGAUAGUGUACCCACUGAUUUGGGCGUACUUUAUACCAAGCAACUCUAUACCCAACAUGGAUGGACGCCAACACAGAUUGAAAUGUUUCUAAAGAUACAUACAGGUCCUGCAGGUAUGCGUGGCGGUUAUGCAACUUUUGAAUCUGCAGUGCAUGGAUUUGGUUCUUCUGAGCUCUUGAAAGAGAUCCGUAAGGCCUCUUCUUUAAAAAAGCUACCAGAGCCUCAAGGACAAAAGCUUUUGUUCCAUAAGCAUGUCACUUAUGACAAUGAAUUUGGUUAUCAUGUUCCCUUUGUGUUUGCUGAUCCUUCUGUGGUUCGUCUUUCUCAACAGAUCUUUGUGAGUGGAUUAGCUCAUCCUGCAGCAGCAGCCGUACAACCACCCCCACCUACAGUCCAGUUUGCUGCCUACAUGUUAAUUCCUUCGCUUUGGUAUGUCUUUUUGUACAUGAUGUAUGGUGCUGUCUUUUCAUUUUUAGCGGGAUCACCAUGGGGCCGUCGAAUCUUGCUUGAUUAUCCCGAGUUUUUUUCAGCAGGCGUGUUUUCAAAAGAACAUCCUACACAAGAACAAUUGGAUCAAUGUUCAUUUGAAGUUAUUCUUCGCUCUAAGGGAUACGAUCACGCAUUGACACCUGGGCGACAAGUGCCUCCUAACAAGACUAUCAAGGUAGUUGUUCGUGGUCCUGAAUUAGGCUAUGUAGCCACUCCUCGUAUUGUGGUUCAAUGUGCUAUGGCUAUCUUGAAUCAUUCAGAAAGUGUGCCACAUGGUGUAUUGACACCUUCUACUGCUUUUUGGCAUACGGAUCUUAUUGAACGUCUUCGGUUUGUUGGUAUCACUUGUGACGUUUCUUGUUAAAAUAAUAAACACUCUAUGUUUAGCAUCA